AUGUUUAAAAAUCAACAAAAAAUUAUUUUUUAUUUUUUCAUUAUAUUAAUUAUUAACAAUUUAAUUAAUGCAAAAUAUCCAAAUGAAAUUAUUGAUACCCCAAUUGUUAAUUGUGAACAUGAAAGUAUUUCUAUUAAAAUUCAUCCACUUUUUGUGACAGAUUCUGAUCGUUCUUAUUGUGCUCAAUGUGUUUAUAUGGAAGCUAAUUUAGUUGAUGAUUUAGAAAGAAACAUUGCCAUUAGUGAAAUGACUCCAAAUGAAUUGGAUCCACAAUUCGACGAGGCAUCAAAUCCUCAUUGUUCAUAUUCUAUACGUAAAGGAACUGUUGAUGGACCUGAAGUACAUGCAGCUGUUGUAGGAGAAACAGUUUUUCAUGUUUGGCAAUGUAGUAGUGAAAAUGUUGGGAUUUUAGUUCAGAAUUGUCAUGUAGAGGAUUUACAAGGAGAUAAAAUUUUAAUAAUUGAUCAGAAUGGUUGCGGUGUUGAUCAAUAUUUAUUUAAAACUCCCCAAUAUAGCAGUGAUUUACAUACAGCAUUUUUACAAUCUAGUGUAUUUAAAUUUGUUGAUAAGUCAAUGACUCGUUUUAGAUGUCAACUUCGUCUUUGCGUUAAAAAUAGAGGAAGAGGAUGUUCUUCUACAACUCCACCAACAACCUGUCCAAGCAUUGAAGACCCUUUAGAAGACUCGGAUAGUCCACUUGCCCCAGGAACUGGCCCUUCCUCUCCAGCUCCACAAUCCUCUCCAGCAAGUGGAUCUGCGGCUGUAUUGGGUCUUGGUUCGCCUCCCUCACUCUCUCCAACAGUUGAACAAAUUUUACAACGUCCAUCUGCUUUUCCAGUACCAUCCGAAAGAUCAGAAAGAGUUGGCCCUCCCUCAAUAGGGCGAGAUGCUUUAAAUAUCCCUCAAGAUAUUACUUUGGUUAGUGGAAGUGGAGGGGGAGGUAAUAAUAUUGUUACACAUUUUUAUACGAAAGGAGAGGGAGGAGGAGGAGAAAGAUAUUCAUCUCCAUCAACAACAACAACAACGCAAAAAUCUCCAAAUACAUCAUGGGCUGCCGCUGACCAACCUGUAGGUCCUCCAUCAAUUCGGCCAUAUGGCCCAGGAAGGCCAAUUUCGGCAUUAAGUGGGACACAAAUUGUUUCGGGAAAAACAGAACAACCAACAAAUAUUAGUCCAUAUCGACAAAAACGUUCAUUAUCUUCAUUUCAAAUAAUUAAUGGAUUCGGGAAAUAUUUAAAUAAAAGAAGUAAAAGAAAAACAAAUAAUAGAGAAGAGGGUGUUCAAGAAUUAUUAGAUGUUGUUGGGUUAAUUCGUGUAUUAGAUAAUUCUGAUGAUAUUCAAUAUUUUGUUGACCAAAACAGAACUUCUUCCUCAACAAAAUUUUUAAAUAAAAAUAUUCUUUCUAAAAAUUCUGAAAGAAAAACAAAUAAUUUAUUAUUACCUUCAACAACAACUUUAAUUAAUAAUUUAAUUCCCGAUUAUGAUUUACUUUUGCCUUUAAAUAAAGAAAGAAAAAAUAAUGAAAGUAACAAUGUAAAAUUAGUUAAAAUAAAUAAUAAAAAUAAAAGAAGAAUUUAUUCAAAAAUUGAAAGAAAUGAAUUUCCAAAUAACGAGAAAUUAUUAAAAUCUUCUAAUAUUGAAUUUAAAAAACAAAACGAAAAAUUAGAGAUUUGUUUAUCAAAUUCAACAUUUUGGUUAAUUAUAUUUUCACUUAUUUUUCUUUUAAUUAUUCAAUUCUCAAUUAUGACUUUGUUGGCAAUUGACCGAUUAUUUAGAAAGAAUGGAGGAGUAUUUAAUAAAAAAAUUAAAAAAACUUUUUUAGAAAAUUUAAAUUAA